AUAUCUUUUUCAUCUCAAACUGAUUACACACUCAACUUCCCGACUAAAGGAAAAGAUACAAAUUUAAUUAGUAAUGUUUUGAGAAAUAAUGUGGUGUUCAAGUAAGCUGUUUAGUGACAGGCAAAAUCAGUGGGAAGCAGCUUUCACGUUAUUUUUAAAAAGUGGCUGACCUGUACUGCAUAGAUAUAGAUAUAGCCUACUUUACGACCAAUUAUCAGGCAACAUGCAAAUGAUGAAUUCUCCAGAAAACUAUGAGGAUCGACUUUAAAGGAAAAUGGCAGAAACCCAGACACUUAACUUCGGUCCAGAAUGGCUCCGUGCCCUGUCUGGUGGAGUGGGUAGCAGCAGCGUGGCCUCCCCUCCGCUUUCACCUGCAUUGCCAAAGUAUAAACUCGCAGACUACCGCUAUGGGCGAGAAGAGAUGCUUGCACUUUAUGUUAAAGAUAACGUGAUUCCGGUAGAUCUUCACGAUAAGGAAUUUCUACCUAUUUUACAAGAGGAUCCCCUGCCACCAUUGGCAUUAGUCCCUUUUACAGAGGAAGAACAGAGAAAUUUCUCCAUGUCUGUAAACAGUGCAGCAGUUCUCCGUUUGACAGGAAGGGGAGGGGGGACGCUAGCAGGAGCACCCAGAGGCCGUAGUUCCUCACGGGGUCGAGGGAGGGGAAGAGGAGAUGUUGGGUUUUACCAAAGAAGUUUUGAUGAUGUGGAAGGAGGUUUUGGCCGCGGGUUGAGAGAGAUGCAUCGCUCCCAGAGCUGGGAGGAGAGGGGAGACAGAAGGUUUGAAAAGCCGGGUCGAAAAGAUCCAGAUGGUGCACCAGCCCAAUUUCCACUCAAUCACAUAAGGGCAAACUACGAGGAUGCUGGUGCAGGCAAUGCUCGAAAGCACGAGUUCAUACGCUCAGAGAGUGACAACUGGCGCGUGUCUCGAGAGGAGCAGAAUGGAGAGGAUGAUGACGUGGGCUGGAGGCUAGCGGGGUCUCGUCGGGAUAAUGAACGAUGGUGCCCCCCAAGUCCAGACGGCCAGCGGUCAGCAGGGUGGCGGGAACACCCAGAGCAACGGCGGCGCUUCCCAUUCGAUGCAAGGGAGGAGGAGCAUGCCGGUUACCGCAGACCUCGAUCGGGCACAGGAAGUGUAGAGGAGGAGAGAGACAGCUUGCCAGAAUGGUGUCUUGAAGAUGCAGAAGAGGAGACGGGUACAUUUGACUCCUCUGGGGCCUUCCUCUCACUUAAGGUGAGAAUGUUGGAAAAAGCUCCUAAGGAGCCAAUCCUGGAAGAGGCGGAGCUGGACUUCCGGCCACUGGAGGAGAAUGGAGAAUACACAGAAAAGGAUGACAGUGAAUUAGAACAAACCAAAGAUACUGACAUAGACGCAAGACACAAUGGUGAGAGCAAUGAAGAAGGCAGUGUAUCGGAAGAGGCAUCACCGGUAGCUAUACCGUUGACAAAAGUGGUAACACCUCCCAAGCCUGCGACUCCAGCACCCCUUCCAAUAGUGCAGCCAGAGCAAGCUGAAGAAAGUGAGAGACCGCUUGAGAGAACAGUCGUUCCAGAACUCAGACCUGAACCCAGUAAAGCACCACUACACACAACCUUACCCAACAGCCUAGUGGAGGCCUUUUCCAUACCACAUGUCACAAACGCACUCCCAGAUCUUCCAGUGCCAACACCUUCAGUGCUGCCUGCCCAGUCAGUGCCCACUCAGACCCAGCAGCUCAAGCCUCUGGAGAUGCCAGUGCCAGUGGCUCCACUUCUCCCCCACUCCACGGGCAUUGUGGGCCCUAUCGGCCGGCCCUCUUCCCUGCCCACUGACCUGGAUGAGGAUGAGGGACUCAAGCACUUCGAGCAGGAAGCUGAGAAAAUGGUGGCAUACCUACAGGACGGAGGUGUGGACGAUGAGCGUCUGGCUGCCAAGAUCGGCCCCAAACCCACAGCUCUUCCCAUUACCCAUGAGGCUGCAUUUAAAUGGUUUUAUAAGGAUCCACAGGGAGAAAUCCAAGGGCCGUUUAGUAACCAGGAGAUGUCUGAGUGGUUUCAGGCAGGUUAUUUCACCAUGACACUGCAGGUGAAGCGAGGCUGUGACGAAAUGUUCCAGCCCCUGGGAGAGAUUAUGAAGAUCUGGGGAAGAGUGCCCUUCACCCCCGGUCCCACGUUACCUCCCAUGCUGGGAGAUGCAGAACAAGAGAGGCUGAAGAGGCAGCAGGAAAUUAAUGCUCUAAAUAUGUAUCAGCUACAGCAGAUGCAAUAUCAGUACCUACUCAGGCAACAGUAUGCGCAGGCUCUGGCACAGCAGAAGGUUUUAAGUUCUGCCCCUCCUCCUCCCCAACAUCAGCAGCUCAAUCUCCUCCUCCAUCAGGCACUCAAGAUCAGAACACCGGAGCCGCAACAGAGCCUCUUGCCUCCUGUCACACGUUCCAUGUCGGUUCCAGAUUCAGGUUCCGUUUGGGAAAUGCAGAACCCGUCCACUCAAGCGUCAUGUUCUACAAACAUGCAGCCAGCUGCUCCCAGCACAUGGGAAGGGAGCAGUGUAUGGGAUUUGCCACUAGACUCCAUGACUCAAGCGUCUUCCAUUGAACAGAUGCAGCUGGAGAAAGCCAAAUCUCUGAAGCUUGAGAUGGAGAGACGGGAGGCAGAGCUUCGGGCUAAAAGGGAAGAGGAAGAGAGGAAGCGACUGGAAGAGGCGCUGCGUGCCAGACAGGAAGAGGAGCGGAAACGCUUGGAGGAGGAAGAGCUGGCACGACGCAAACAGGAGGAGGCUCUCCAGAGGCAGCGGGAGCAGGAGGAGGCGCAGCGGCGGCAGAAGAAGGAAGAGGAGGAAAGAUUAGCUCAGGAGGAGGCGCUCCGCCGGCUGGAGGAAAAGAGAGAAGAGGAGGAGAGGAGACAAAGGGAAGAAUUCCUUCGCAAACAGCAGGAAGAGGAGCGGAGGAAACAGGAAGAACUGGAAGCUCUGAGGCGACGUGAGGAAGAGAAGCGGCAAGAAGAGGAAGCAGCAGCAGCGUUGGCAAAGCAACAGCAGGAGGAGCAGAAAAAGAGAGAGCAGGAGGCGCAGAAGCAGCAGGAGUUACAGAGGCAGCGGCAGCAGCAGCAGGAGGCGCUCCGCAGACUGCAGCAGCAGCAGCAACAACAGCAGCUCGCACAGAUGAAGCUCCCCUCAUCCUCUAAGUGGGGUCAACAGGCAGCCACAGCAAACAGUCUCUCUCAGUCUCAGAAUGCCUUGUCGCUCUCAGAGAUCCAAAAACUGGAGGAGGAGAGAGAAAGGCAAGCACGAGAGGAGCAAAGACGACUGCAGCAGGAGCUCCAGAGGGUCCAGCAGCAGCAGCAACCUCAGGCCAAGCUCUCUGGCUGGGGAAACGUGCCCAAGCAGACGGCUGCUACUAAAUCCCUGCUGGAGAUCCAGAGAGAGGAGGCACAGCAGAUGAAACAACGGAAAGAACAGCAGACACCGCAACAACAACCGCUGCAGCAGCAGCAGCAGCAGCAGCAACAACACACAACCAUCACCCAACAAAAUCGCACACAGAACCGAACAACCAUCAAUGCAUCAGUGUGGGGGUCUGUCAGUAAUGCCGGGUCACACUGGGUGAUGGACAGCAGUGUGUGGGGUGACGCUCAGAACUCUAAUAUUGGUUUCUGGGAUGAGGCAGUAGAGGCUGCCCCACCUCCGUCUACACGCAAGAGCCACAAUCUGAAAAACAAGGGUAACGCUAACCUCAGUAAUAGCAGCGGUGGUAAAGCCAGUAAAAAGGUAGAAGAGGAAGAGAAGCUACUGAAACUGUUCCAGGGAGCCAAUAAGAAUCAGGACGGUUUUAUGCAAUGGUGUGAACAGACUCUACACACUCUCAACACGGCUAAUAACCUUGACGUCCCCACCUUUGCGUUGUUCCUGAAGGAAGUGGACUCGCCAUACGAGGUGCACGACUAUGUGCGAGCUUACCUGGGGGACACGCCACAGGCCAAAGACUUCGCCAAGCAGUUCCUGGAGCGCCGUGCCAAACAGAACGCUAACCAGCAAAAACCUCAGCAAGUCCAGCAGCAAAAACAGCAGGACUCCAUGUGGGGAAUGAGCCAAGUGUCACAGUCAGUCCUUCAACAACAACAACAGCAGCAGCAGCAGCGGUUUGAGACAGUCACCUCCGGCAAGAAGAAGAAGAAACAGAAGAUGGUACGAGCCGACCCAAGCCUUCUAGUGUUUCUUCAAGAAACACACCUUUCCCCACAGGAAGCUGAAAAAUUUGGGAAGAUAUGGGGUGCACAUGUUUUCCUUGGUGUUGGCUUGAGUAAGAGCAGAGGACUCAUUACAUUGGCUGUGUAUUUUGGGUGAUGGGGCAGUCCUGAAUAUGGGUGAUGGAUAUAUAGAGAGCUGAGUCAUGACCGGUGUGAUGAUUGGCAGGCAGGUAAUCCUCAGGGGAUGGAGGUCGAUUGUCCGAUUUGGUUUGUCCGUGGGGAUGGUGUUGUUCUUGUUCACCUUGCCUUUCUUACUCUAGAUGUACUGCUGACCCAUGGGUCUAAAACUCAUUUUCAGUUUAGUGUCAUACGUCCAUAAAACCUUCUUCCAGGACUCCACAGGUCUUUCCAAAUUCCUUCUUGAAUAUUCAAGUCAACAUUUCCUUUGGUGAAGUUUUGCUUUCUUCCACACCCAAGAAGAUUGCUGUUGUACCAUAUUUUAAAAAUGUAUGAAUGGUGCUGCCAACUUUGUCUAUUGGAAAUUGAAGUGCCAUGGAAAUGUUCUUUUAGCCAUGACCUUUCUUGUGUAAUGAAAUAAUCUCCUCUAUUAGCUUUUGUGACAGCUUAUUUUUAAAUGCUUUUUUUUGCAUAGAAAUAUAUUUUUGCUUAUGACACUAAACUUAAAAUGUAAAACUUAAGUGCCAUUGUAGAGUCAUUAUAGAGAAAAUAAAGCCUAUUUAUUUUUAGAAUCAUUAAGAUUAUUUGCAUUGUGACAUUAUUUUCAUGGCAAUAAAGCAUCCGCUUUCACUGUAUUCUUAUAAACGAUGCAAAAAAAAAAAAAAAAAACACAUUCUCAUUACUGUUAUAUGAACGAAAAAUUUAUAUAUUUAAUUUAAACAUUGAUACAUCAUGGUAUUAUUUGUUGAGCUUCAUGAAAUUAUGCUGAUUUCAAUGAAAUUGAAAUGUUAGUGUUUAAACCUCUUAAUUUUCUUAAUGCAGCAUUAUUUAACACUUCAUUUUUAUUUAUUGAAAAAAAAAAAAGAAAGAAAUCUUUACUUUGAUUCUGGGAUGAAAUAUGACCUGUACAUGUUUUUAAUGAGAUUCACCUUCUAAUGGGUGUUCUUUUUCU